ACAAAUGAUAUUUUAAGGGGGUAAAUAUUACAUAUGCGCUAUACUUUAGGGAUAAAAGUGUAUUUAACCAUUAUUAUAUAGAUCAAUUAUUAAAAUUAGAUAAAUAUUUUAUAACUUAGCAAAAUUAGUUUAUUAUCAAUAAAAUGUUAGGUAAAUAUAGAAAUUAAACGGAUGUUCAACUUUAUUUUAUUUUAUUUUAUGGUAUAUUAAUUUAUCUUAUGCUUAUAAAAAUAAUCUAGUGGCAUUUCAGUAGAUAAACCCCAACUAAGUGACCAGAAGACGUACACAUUAGAUAAAUAUCCAAUCUAAUUAUAAUUCAAUAAUAAUUAAACAUACAUAAAAACAUGACCCAUACAUAGUAGAUUACAUACAUACAUAGAUACAUAUAUACAUAUCAUACAUAGGUCAGAGAAGAAUUGACUUAAUGAGAGAGGAGAGAAUGAAAUGAGGAGAAAUUUCAAUCCGAUCUAAUGGAUUUUUGACGUCCGCAAUAAAACCCCUCCAAUACUAAUCACACAUUCUCUCUCUACUCUGUUCAUCUUCUCUCUCUAAAAAGUGAGCUCAAUAAAACUGUUUUUCUCUCUCUAAUUGUUUUUUUUUUUUGAGAAAAGAUUUUGAGAAGACUUUUUGACAGCUAUCUAUACAUACACACUUCCAAGUAUAUAUCUAUAUCUAUAUAUACACUUCCGGCGCUGUUGAAUUUGGGGUUUUCGUGAAGGGCAGUGAAUUUCAUUAAUCUGUGCUUAAAAGAGUAAAGCACACUUGAAGAAUGUAAUAACUUUGAACCAAGAGUACGAAGAUUUUAACAGAUUGAUGAGUUGAAAUCUCAGUUUGGGAUUGACAGAAGAGCUGGUGAACGAUAGCAACUUGUAUAGACGACACACAAAAUAUAGGAUGGUAGCGCAGAAAGCUAUCUUUCUUGAUUUCAGAGUUGUCGAUUUUAAAGUUCAAUUUUGCAACACACACACCCACACUCUCAUGCGUGAGGUUUACGAUUUUGUUGUUGUUGUCCACAAUAAACAUUUCAAAAAUUCUAAAAUUGGUUGUUGGCUUUCCGUGUAACAUAACCCAAAUUGUAUCCAUUUUGUUUAGGGUGGUAGCCAUCUUCACACUUCAGAGGUGAAGUUUGAUGAUUUCGUGUUAUUUAGAUUGUAAUUAGUAGUGCAUUAGGAGAGUGUUAUCAAUCAGCUAGGCUCUUUUGAUCCAGCAAAAACAUGGUGCCACAAGGGCAUCCUACUCCACUCGGUGGAGCUCAAUCGGUUCCGUCUUCUUUGUUGAGAUCAAAUUCUGGGUUAUUGGGUGGACAAGGUGGUGGGAUGCCUUCGCAGAAUGCAUUUCCAUCUUUGGUGUCACAGCGCAAUCAGUUUAAUAAUGGGAAUAUAUUGGGGAAUAUUCCCAACGUAUCGUCUUUGCUUCAUCAGUCAUAUGGAAACGGUGUUCCAACUUCUGAUCUCGCUGGUCCAGGGAGCUCCCAGCUGGGGCAUGUAGAUGGUGGAUCGGAGUCUGGUCCUAGAAAUGGAAUGGGAUUCAAUGCUCCUUCCUCUUCGUAUAUGUCCCCGUCUAUCACAGCCAAUGCAAACGGUCAAGUACAAGGGCAACAGCAAUUUUCGAAUCCUUCUGGCAGCCAGAUGUUGACGGAACAGCAACAAGCUCAACAACUCGAUCUGCAGAGUUUUCAACAUAAUCAGCAGCAGUUGCAGCAGUUUUCUGUUCCCAGCAAUUCCCAACAACAACAGCAGCAGUUCCAAGGAAUACGGCCUGGUUUAGGAGGGGGUGCUGGACCUGUCAAGAUGGAGCCCCAAACGACGAAUGAGCAAACGCCACAGCAAUUGCAAGCUUUGAGGAAUCUUGGUCCCGUGAAAAUGGAACCGCAACAACUACAGAGUAUGAGAAGUUUAGGUCCCGUAAAAAUGGAACCUCAGCACUCGGAUGCCUCUUUAUUUUUGCAUCAGCAGCAGCAACAACAACAACAACAACAGCUCCUCAUGUCCAGACAAUCCUCACAGGCAGCUGCUGCACAGCAGAUUUUGCAUCAACAGAGGCUUAUGCAAAUGCAACAUCAGCAACAACAGCAGCAGCAGCUUCUGAAAAGUAUGCCUCAGCAAAGAUCUCCGUUACAAUCACAGUUUCAACCGCAGAAUUUGCCUAUUAGGUCACCUGUGAAACCAGUCUACGAGCCUGGUAUGUGUGCCCGAAGGCUGACACAUUACAUGUAUCAGCAACAACACAGACCUGAAGAUAACAAUAUUGAGUUCUGGAGGAAAUUUGUGGCUGAAUAUUUUGCACCCAAUGCCAAGAAAAAAUGGUGCGUCUCAAUGUAUGGGAGUGGUCGUCAAACUACAGGAGUAUUCCCUCAGGAUGUUUGGCACUGUGAAAUUUGCAAUCGCAAGCCUGGUCGUGGAUUUGAGGCAACGGUUGAAGUUCUGCCGAGACUCUUCAAGAUAAAAUAUGAAAGUGGAACUUUGGAAGAAUUACUUUAUGUUGAUAUGCCCCGAGAGUAUCAGAAUUCAUCCGGGCAAAUUGUUCUGGACUAUGCAAAGGCGAUACAAGAGAGUGUGUUCGAGCAACUUCGUGUUGUUCGUGAUGGUCAGCUUCGAAUUGUAUUCUCACCUGAUCUCAAGAUAUGCUCAUGGGAGUUUUGCGCUCGACGACAUGAAGAACUUAUUCCUAGAAGAUUACUAAUUCCUCAGAUUAGCCAACUUGGCACUGCUGCCCAAAAAUACCAGGCUGCUACCCAGAAUGCAUCACCCAGUCUUUCUGUCUCCGAGCUACAAAACAAUUGCAAUAUGUUUGUUGCCUCUGCUCGUCAGUUGGCCAAAGCCUUGGAAGUUCCACUGGUAAAUGAUUUGGGAUACACAAAGAGAUAUGUUCGAUGCUUGCAGAUAUCAGAAGUGGUGAAUAGCAUGAAAGAUCUUAUUGAUUACAGCCGUGAAACUGGUGCAGGUCCUAUGGAGAGUCUGGCGAAGUUUCCUCGAAGAACAAACCCUUCACCUUCAUUUCAACAAGGUCAACCUCAACAACCCGAGGGUCAACUACAGCAGCAGCAGCGAGCCAUGGCUCAAAACCCACACAAUGAUAAUACUGUUCAGGCUGCAGCCAUGCAACUUGCUUCUUCGAACGGCACAUCGAGUGUUAACAACACUGCAAACUCAGUGCCCACAACUUCAUCUAACAGCACUAUAGCUGGACUUCUUCAUCAAAACUCAAUGAGUUCUAGACAGCAAAAUCCGUCUUACUUAGGUAAUAAUAACAUUCAGAUGCCAUCUCCUGGUUCUUCGAGUGCCAACCCCCAGACUCAGCCCCCUCCAUCCCCCUUCCAAUCCCCAACACCAUCCUCAUCUAAUAACAAUCCACAACCAACUUCACACGCCAGUUUACAGCAACAGCCUGCUCUUUCUGGAGAUGCAGAUGCAAAUGAUUCACAAAGCUCCGUCCAGAAAAUUAUACACGACAUGAUGAUGUCAUCUCAGCUUGGUGGUGGUGGUGGUGGUAUGAUGGGCAUAAUGGGUAGUGAUGGGAAAAACGUAAACGGUAUCAAUGGUGGGAAUAUUCUCGUUGGAACAGGAGUGGGUAACGGUAACCACCAAGGUAUGGGUGUUUCAGGGUUUGGGAGUAUGGGCAACGGGCUACCCCAAUCAGCUAUGGUGAACGGGAUUAGAUCAGCACUUGGCAAUAAUUCGAUGUCUAUGAAUGGGAGGGUAGGUAUGCAAAUGACACGAGAGCAGAGUAUGAAUAUGAAUUCGCAACAGCAGGAUAUUGGUAAUCAACUGCUCAACGGUCUUGGUGCAGUUAAUGGCUUUAAUAACCUUCAGUUCGAUUGGAAGGGAUCUCCGUAAUAGCGUUUUUUUAAUUAUCAUUUGUGGUGUUUGGCCUUUUUAAGUGAAAUUAGCUGUUUGUGCAGCGUAGAAAAAUCCAGGAAUUCCCUGUGUGGCUGGGAAAAAAAGUUGGAAGUGCAUAUAACGAAAAGAAGAAGAACAACAAAUAAAUCGUUUGCCAGCUCGAAGCCCCUUUGUUGUACUAUAAUGUGAAAAGAAAACAUAAAGCAGUGGUUUUCUUGCGAGUGUUCGAAAAUAACCUUAACUUGAACAUGAACUGGAUUGCGAGUCGCGACAGCAAAGCAUGUAUGGAGUGUGCGUGAUGUGGCGCUCGGGAAUAUCUGACGUGUCUCUAUACUCUUCGGGUUUCUCCUCCAUGUGGCUCCCCCCUGCUUCAGCUUUUCCCCCCCAAUAUGUGAGUGUAUAUAGUUUGGAUUUGCCUUUUUUUUUUUUAAGCUAAGUUUAUUGUAGAAUUUCUAACAGCUUCUCAGGACUUCUAUUCAACAAUCGUUUGAUAUCUAUAAUCUUUUAUUAGUUGCAGGAA